AGCAUGCCUGUCUGAUAACGUUAAUUCCAAUACUGUCGUCUGCGGCAUCAUAUAAGGAGAACGUGAGCGCGUGCUCACAGCAGAAUCUCUCAGAAUGGCUCUCUAUAACAUAACGUGGAUUUUACUUGGCUUAUUUAUUCAGUAUCAGCUAUUGGCUGCCGAAAAUUCAGACAACGUCGAUAAUGUGGUUACAGCAGAUGAGACAGACGAAAUAAAACAAUAUAACAAAGAUAUCGAAAGGACGGAUGCAGUUAUAAAAGCUGAUACUUCCGAAACAGAUGAAUCCGGAUAUGAUAAAAGGGGUUAUGGCAAAUGGAAAAAUAUGAGAUGGUCCCAAAACAACGGGAAGAGAAAUCUUGGCCGCUGGAAAAAUAGAAAAUGGUGGGAAAUGCAAAGUUAUGGUUUGCAAGACAGAAACGGAAAUGGAUUUGGGCAUAAUUUAAACAAAAGAUAUUCUGGAGAUGGCGCUGACUUUGAACCAGAUAAGAACGCUCCAGGAUAUGGAGUUUUAAAUGGAGAUUUUAUCAUCCGCGGACCGUACGGAAUCAUGGAUUAUUAUGGUCUCGGCGAUGAUAUUGAAGAUGUUCCGGAUAAUUACGUUGACAAACGUCAUAGUUCAAGAUGGAACCUGGUCCAUAGAAAACUAGCUCAACUGAACUCCAAAAAUAAGCGCGAAGAUAACUCACAAGAAGAAAAAAGAAUGGCAAGCAGAUGGCGGAUUAUUCAAAACAAAUUAAACCAACUGCAUGACAGAAACUCUAAACGGUUUGCUGGCAGAUGGAAAAAUCAGAACUGGCUUCUUCAGCAGGCAAAUCAGGACAGGAACUCUCCAGAUACAAAUAAUGAACAAAAACGGUUCCCUGGAGGCCACUGGUGGGACAGUUGAUAUGAAACAUUAUCUGUACUAUAAACGAUAUUAACUUGUCAUGAUUCCAUAUUACAUUGUUGCAAAACGUUCAAACUUAGGAGUAACGCGUAGAAAAUACCUUGAAAUUCUUCUGGAGAAGAGUUUCAAAAUAUACAAAUUCAAAUUUAGGAGGGCGUUGAUGGUAGCAUGCAAUUUCACUUCCUUCUGUCCAAGAACAGACUCAAUCAAAACAAGAAUGAGACAUUUUCAAUUUGUCGUGUUUGGUCACUUGUGGAAGUUUAUGUGUUUCUAAUCUCUUUUCUUUCUGUUAGAGUAUUUAGAACAGUGACUAUAUUUAGAAUCUGAGGAACGAUAGAAAUAAAACAUAUAGUGUUAAACUACUAAAUAAUGAAUCUUUAAAUUGAAGAGGGUCAUUUAAAAUUCUGUAUCAAGUAUUUGUGAAUUUAAAACCUUCGUAUUUUUAAUUGCAAAAUGUACAGAUCCUUUAAAAACUGAAAUAUGAAUAGAUAGUUAUAUUAGAAUAUUG